AUGGAGCGCGCCGAAAAUGCUAGAAUUAUUCAAAAGCCUAUGACGAGAAGAACCGUUGACUAUGGCUCUAAUCUUUCCCAAUAUGUUUUGAACCGGCAUCUUCGAAGCAAUAUGUAUCACGUACAUGUCCCCAGACCCAAUCCUAAUCACAUUCUUAAUCAAUAUCCUCCAUGCGAAUAUAAAUACAACUACGCUAACUCUCUAUGUACAAAGUAUAUUCACACGUCCGCAAACAAGGCACGACAUGUUAUUAACGUCGUGCGGUGGACACCAGAUGGCAGAAGACUUUUAACGGGUUCCUCCACAGGAGAAUUUACUUUGUGGAACGGUCUAACAUUUAAUUUUGAGCUCAUUAACCAGAGUCAUGAUUAUGCGGUUCGAUGCGCCGAAUGGAGCUCAGACGGCCGCUGGCUCAUUUCUGGUGACGGAGGUGGUAUCAUCAAGUAUUUUGAACCGAAUUUGAAUAAUGUGAAAAUCCUCCAAGCUCAUGAAAUGGAAAUUCGAGAUGUAGCUUUCUCACCGAACGAUAGUAAGUUUGUUACUGCUAGUGACGACGGUUCUCUGAAGAUUUGGAAUUUCCAGAUGAGCACUGAAGAACAAAAGCUCACAGGACAUGGUUGGGAUGUUAAGACGGUGGAUUGGCACCCUUCCAAGGGUCUUUUGGCAUCUGGUUCCAAAGACAAUUUAGUGAAAUUUUGGGAUCCUCGUACUGCUUCCUGUCUUGCUACAUUACAUGGACACAAAAAUACGAUAAUGCAGGCAAGCUUUCAAAACGGUUUUGGGAAUAAUUACCUUGCUACUGUUUCAAGAGAUAGCACCUGUCGGAUUUUCGAUUUACGAGUUAUGAAAGAUAUCCGAGUUUUGCGUGGCCAUGAGAAAGAUAUUAAUUGUGUUACAUGGCACCCCAUCCAUGGUAACUUACUUACUACUGGUGGCUCUGAUGGAAGCGUCAAUCAUUACAGUUUGGACGAGCCACCUGUUUAUUCCCAGCAAAAAUAUCACGAAAAACAUCCCCAGACCACCCUUUCAUCUUCUUCCCAUUUGUUAUAUCCUACUGCUGAAAUUCCUUAUGCUCACGAACUCGGUAUAUGGAGUAUGCAAUAUCAUCCGCUAGGCCAUUUACUUUGCACUGGUUCCAAUGAUAAAACCACGAGAUUUUGGUCAAGGUCUCGUCCAGAUGAUGAAGAAUCCUUCUUGGACCGCCAUCAUUUGGGUGAAGAACAAUCUGAAGCUGUUAUUGGACAGAGACGCGCGGUAGCGGAAGAAGAAGAUGCCUAUGAGCCUGAUGAAAUUUCACCGAUGGAAAACUUAUCGAACGUGAACAAGCCUUAUCCUUCUAUGCCUACCUUGCCAGGUUUAGGAAAUGCACCUGGAUUUGCACCUUCUGCAGCUGCUGCCGCAUCUUCAGCGAAUCCACAAAUUCCCGGAAUGACGCAUGCUUCUACUCAAAAUUACGGAAAUCCCUCUCCAUCAACUGGCCCGUUUAUUCCAGGUUUAGGCUCUCGUCAUCAGGAUCCUUAUUCACAGUCCUAUCGUUAA